AUGGCCAUAGAAUCAUUCGGCUCGACGCAGUCGGCAGCUGGUUACGUAGAACCAGCGAGACAGAAAACCACCGCCGAAGACCUGCCACCUCUUCCGAAGAAGCAGUCGUCACUCUUGCACAGGAUCAAUUGUUUUGUUAGACUAUGGCUCCUCAAAUCCAUCGCCAGGACUUUUUUCAUCGUCGCUCGGUUUUUCUUUCGUCCCAAUGCUAUAAACCGUCCCACACUGACCAAAAGAUAUCCGUGUCGACCGAAUUUGGAAACCCGAAUUUUUUUUCCUCCGGAUUAUUAUGCGAAAAGCACUCCGGGCUUAUUACCGCUCUACGUGGACAUUCAUGGCGGCGGCUUUGCUUUUUGUGACGCGCAGUUUGAUGACCGAUUCUGUGUGUCCUGGGCUAAAAGAACUGGGAUGCUAGUGGUGAGCUUGAAUUAUCGCAAAGCUCCUCUACACCCUUUCCCCACGGCUACUUAUGACAUCGCCGCCGUUGUUACAGCCGUUUUGGAAGAUGAACUGCUACCAAUCGAUAAAUCCAGAGUAGCUAUUGGCGGCUUCAGCGCAGGGGGAAACCUGGCACUUUCAGCGGCACAGUUGCCAGGCCUCAAGGGAAUCAUCAAAGCAACGGUGGCAUACUAUCCUGUUGUGGACUUUGGGUACCCAGCAAACGUGAAGUUGGCCGCGAGGCCGUACACCGAUGGCCCAAGAGAUGCGCUGGAGCAUUCCGCGUGGUUUUUCGAUUGGGGAUACGUCUCUCCCGGACAGAAUCGGCGGGACCCACUGUUGAGCCCUUGCUAUGCAAAACCGGAAGAUCUUCCUCCUUGGAUCUACAUAAUUGGGGCACAAUGGGAUAUGCUGAGAUUGGAAGCACAGCUCAUGAUGCACCGCUUGGCUGGGUUGGACGAUCGAGUGGAACAGUUGAAAACUAGUUUUGAGAAAGGAAACUACAAAUGGACACUGGCCACGGGCUGCUCCCAUGGCUUUACACACGGCCUUGGAGAUUUGGGAGAUGUUGCAGUGCCGAAAGAAAAGCGCGAGAAAAUAUACCAAGAGGCGCACGACUGGUUAAAGAAAAGUGUCCUCAGUGUUGCUAGUACAAAGGAAGUCGAGCGGACAUAA